UUCUCUCUCAAACUAUCUCCUUUGCAAAACUACCUGAUUCAUACCUCCAUCUCAUCUCAUCUCUUCGCCUCCCUCUCUUCUCAAAGCUCUCUCCAUAACACAUUCUCUGUCUAUGGCGGCGAGGGUCGACGAAGUUCAAGAAUCGGAGAUUUCGAGCAUGGAGGACGGGGUAGCCGCCUCCGCCACGCCCACGUCCGGCGGAUUCAUCGGCUUCUGCUCGUCGCCUCUGGUCGUCACCACCGCGCAAAAGUUGAUAGCUGAGGUGAUCGGCACCUACUUCGUCAUCUUCGCCGGCUGCGGCUCCGUCGCUGUGAACAAGAUCUAUGGGCAGGUGACGUUCCCGGGGAUAUGCGUGACGUGGGGACUCAUCGUCAUGGUCAUGAUCUACACCGUCGGGCACAUCUCCGGCGCCCACUUCAAUCCGGCCGUCACCAUCACUCUCGCCGCGUUCCGGCGGUUUCCGUUUUGGGAGGUUCCACUGUACAUAGCAGCCCAGCUCAUGGGAUCGAUACUCGCGAGCGCCACCCUCGCCGGAAUCUUGGACGUGACCCCUAGCACCUUCUUCGGGACGGUACCGGCCGGAUCCAGCGGCCAGUCUCUAUUGGUCGAGAUCAUCAUCACCUUCCUCUUGAUGUUUGUCAUCUCCGGCGUCACGACCGACAAUAGAGCGAGAGGAGAACUUGGAGGAAUCGCGGUCGGGAUGACGAUAAUGUUGAACGUCUUCGUCGGAGGGCAAGUAUCGGGAGCCUCGAUGAACCCGGCGAGGAGCCUUGGACCGGCCAUCGUGAAGCACACCUACAAAGGAAUCUGGUUGUACGUAGUCGGGCCGAUCGUCGGAGCCCUGGCCGGGGCGUUCGCGUACAAUCUGAUCCGGUUCACGGACAAGCCGCUCCGGGACAUCGCCAAGAGCAAUUCCCUCUUCCGGACCAUCUCCAUGAACAACCACCCAUGAGGACCAAAGAGUCUGCAAGUCAAGUGAUCCUGUCCUGUGUUCCUCCGCUUCAUGAGCUAUAGUUUCAUCUCCGUCUCGUUAUUUUCUCUUGAGCAUGAAUCGAGAAGUGAGCUUUUUAGGUGAACUUUAGUAUGGAUCCAAAUUUAUUUACUCGUUUCGUGGACUACAAUGCUACUAUUUACUUAUAUGAGUUGCAUCGAAACUAAUUUUCCUUCCUCUA